AUGCUAAUAAAGAAAAAAAAUAAUCAACUCGAAAAUUUAACUCGUCUAAAUUUUAAAAAGGAUUAUUUUUUUGACACUCAAUGUUCAUUUCAACUUUAUGACAUUAGUUUAAUAAUAACAAAUCGUGAUACAAUCACUAGUUCGAUCAGUACCGGAACAACAACAGCAUUGAAUAUUCCUACGGAUCUUCAUCAUCAUCCUCAAUAUAACGUAUCACGACAUAAUACUAACACACCAGUUUUCAAUCUUGGCAGUUCAAUUAAACCUGGUUACACUGGUGGUCAAUUAUAUUGUGCUAAUAAUAAUAGUCAAUUAAAGAGUACAACAUUACCAGUGAAUUAUUCAACUUCGUCUUUUUCAAUUGGCAAUGGUGAGAUUGGACAACAAUCAACAAAUAGAAUAUUAUUCAAUAAAUCCAAAGGUGUUACAUUGAAUGAUCAUUCUCAUUAUCAUCAAUUCAAUGUUAAUAAUGAAACGAAACUGUUGAACGGUAAUUUACGAAAAAACAAACCAGAAGAUACUCAAUCAACUACCAUUGAUUCAAUGCGAAUUUAUUCAUCAACAUCCGAUCAUUUUAAUGCAUCAAUACAUACUAAUAAUAAUAAUAAUAAAUUGAUUGAAAUUAAACACAACAGUGGUGGUAGUAGUAGUACUGAAACAGCCAUUUCCAAUGGUCAUUCAUCAUCAUCAUAUUUACAACAAUAUAAUCUGAUAGAUUCAAUUAAUAGUAAAGAUUUUGAUAUUGAUCGUCGUCUGAUUGGAUCCAGUCCAAGUCAUCCUAGUGUUCUGUUAACAUCAUCAUCACCAAGUUCUAUAUUUCAUAAACGAUCACCACCUAUACCUCAACUGAUAUCAUAUGAAAAACUCAAAGAAUAUAAAGGGAUUUAUCCCAAAGGAAUUGAUCGUAACGCUGUAGAGACACAUUUGUCCGAUGAAGAAUUUCAACAAGUAUUUGCUUUAUCUCGAACAGCAUUUUAUCGCCUUCCUGAAUGGAAACGUAAUGAUUUAAAACGUAGAGUUCAACUUUUCUAA